GCUGGAAAUAGUGUCAUGGGAGAUCCGCAGCUUGCGGAGCUCAGUGCGCCGAACGUCUGCCUCGCGUACCUCAUCGCGCGCUUCGCCGCCGAGUUCCAUGCACACGAGUCGGCGCCCUUCGUCUCUUCCAGCGCCGCCUUUGACAGUCGGCAGCACGAGCUUGCAGCGCUCUUGCUCGAGCGGGUCACCGCCAUCGCGCUGCCGCUGCCGUUCGACGCGCUCCUCGCUGCCGUCGCCGCCAUCGACACGGAGUGGGCGCUGGCGCUCGAGUCCACAAUGAAGCACCUUGCGCAGGCUUCUAUCGACGACGUCGAUGACUUUCUCCGGGAUCAUUUGCAGCCCACGUCAACGGGCCUCGACCCGGCCACGCCGCUCGGGCGCUUCCUCCGCAUGCUCGCGCUGGCCGCAUCGACCGCGUUCUUUGACCGCAUGUGUCGUUUCCAGCUCGAGCUGCGCGCCUACGUGACUUCGCCCUCCCGAUCGACAUGCGACUUGCCACUCGACGUCGACAACCUGCUCGAGAGCCUCGACGCUGGUCGCAUCGAACACCCGCUCGAACGCGUCGAAGCCUGUCUCUCGACACAGCUACAACGCCAUCCGUCGUGCCCACGGCUGCUCUUUGCGCGGUAUCUCAAUUUUAAGGUGCACCGCGAGUACCUCGGCGCGCUGCAUGCAUUGCACGCGUACCAUGACCACGCGCUCCGGACGUUCGACCAUGGCUGUGGCCCGCAGUACGCCACGUUGAACCUCGUCGGGCUCUACAGCAGCUUUGGCUACAUGGACGAAGCGCUCUCAGCGCUCCACGAAACCCUCCGCGUCGCGCAGCACAAGCGCGACGGCGUCUGCGUCGCGUUCGCACUCGCUUGGUACAUGCAGCUCUUCCCAGCGUCGCACGAGCGGAGUCGGCAGUGCGUCGACCGCGCCGGCGACCUCGGGCUCACUGCGCUUGCGAUCCUCGCGGGCCUUCUCUCGGCCGUGCACGCCGACGUGCGCGAGUCGUUGACGACGCCGGCGCCCCGACCGAUUGCCGUGUGGCUCCAGCUGCAGCACGUCGCGUCCGAGCUGGAAGCCGCCGCCAACACCCGCGCCCCAAAGGCAUCGGCGUUGCCGGGGCUCCACCACAAGAGUGAACCAACGGUGCCACUCAAGCCCACCACAUGGACCACGGCCGAGAAGGACGACAUCCUGGGUCGGUGGGCCGCGCUCCGGGGCGCCAUUGCGCUCACGACGGCCGGCGUCUGGCAUGAUCUCGGGCACCGGACGUUAGCCCACUUGCACACGCAGCUCUAUGGACUUUGCUAUGCGAUCUCGAGCGCCGACAUCGCCCUUGCGAUGCGGCGCAUUGCGCUUCUUCAGAUGGACCCCGUGGUGCUUCCCACGCCCUCCCCGCCGUCCUCGAGCCUCUACGCGUCGUCGCUGCAAUGGCUCGCGAUGGCCAGUGCCAAAUGGCACGUGACGCACGAGCCCGCGUACCGCGAAGCUGUGUUGCACGUCUUGUUUGAGUGGAGUUUUGCACGCGGGCAGUGGCGCCGGGCCACGCACUGCCAGCAGCUUCUGUCGGAUCUUGCCGGUGCGUCGACGUCUGCGCGCGUCGAGGCUACCUUGCUGCAAGUGCGGCUAUGGUUGUACCAGCAGGAGAGGUACUUGGACGCAGCCAACGUCUUGCAAGCGCUGCUGCCGAUCGCAAAGGAGCAUCCGCCGAUGCACGCGAAAGCGCUGCUGCUGCUCGCCCAGGCGUACUCGAUGGGAGCUCCCGACGCCCCGUUCGAAGCGCUGCCGCCUUUGCUGCACUGCUUGCAGCUAUGUGACGAACGGGCCCUCGACGCAGUCCGCGUCCAUGCGCAUCUCGUCUUGGCCGAGCUCUACCUGCACAUGGAUCGGAGCGGGGACGCGGCGUCGCUCCUCGAGACCGCCUUACCCCAGGUGCAAGAGCAUGGCGGGCUGCACCUCCAGGGGCAGUAUGCGCUCGCACUCGCAAAGACACUCUUGGUGUCGGACGCGCCGAUGGCCAUGGCAUGGCUUGGACAAGCCAUGACGAUUGCUGCCAGCCGCGACGACGUGUACCUCGAGCGCGAAGCGAGCUACCUGCUGGCGCUCACAGCCGAGGGCGACGAGCGCGAGGCCGCCGCCGAGCGCUUCUUAAAGGCCAACGCCGCCGUUCGAGCAGCUCGCGAAGUCGACGUCGACGCGUCCCUGCACCCGCUUGGCCCGGACCUGCUUCGGCUCGUCGCCCGUUGGGAAGAUCACGAUCCGGAAAACCGUCCAUUGUAAUGUACGAAAUAUCGUACAUUCCUAGCCGUACAGUACACAUGUACGUACGGCAUGUACGGUGGCUGAAGCGACGCAACUCUUUGGGUUCCUGAGGAAGUCGGUGUGAUCCAUCGAGCCUUCCAGGACAGCUCCGUGGAAGAGCGACGCGGCAGAUACUAGUAUAUACGUUGCCAAGCAGUGGGACGAGCAACCUUGUGCGUGUACGUGGCUGA